UGACGUCACGGGACGCGUCAUUACUGCUCGCCCCUCGCGCCUUUCUCCGAAACCCAAAACGGAAGAACAAUAAAUCGUAACGGCGACGAGGGUCCACUUUAAAAAAAGGAUGGACUGCAGCACCGCGAACCUGCCCGCGAGCCUGGCCAGUGAUUCCCCAGAGAAGGACAACUCCAGCUGUGAUGAAGAGGACUUCGUCCCUCUGUCAAAGCUCCUGAGGCCACAAAAUGAAGAGAAGAAGUCGUGUGACACCACUGAGAGUUCCAACAAAAACUCCAAAAGAGAUGACAAUGGCGACGACAACAGCAAACAUAGUUCAGCUCUGGACGGUUCCUCGGAUGAUGAGCCUCUGACAAAGAAGAAAAAAGCCUCCUCACCAGCAGCGAAACAAAGCAAAAAGGAAAGCACAACCAACAAGUCUAAGACCAGAGAAAACAAGAAAGCAGACUCUAACUCAGAUGAUGGCUCUGACAACGAGCCUCUCGUUAAAAACGCCAAAGCGUCCAAAGCAGAAAAGAACAGCUCAGUGACGCCCAAAAAAUCUGUUAACAGGAGGAAGAAAGUGUCAAAGGAGAGCAACGCAAGCUCCGAUGAAGAACCCGUGAGUGAAGAUAACAAGAAACGUCACCCACGACGUAAAAGAAAGGCACCGACUUUUUGGAGGGGAACCCCGGCCAUUAAAUCCAAAAGGUCGGCAGCAAGGAAAAGUGUGAAAUAUUGUGAAGAUUCCAGUGAACAACAUAGUUCAGAUGAUGCAACACCGGAGAAGAAGACGACAGAUACUCCUAAACAACGAAAGACCCCAUCAAACAAGAAAGUAAAAGACAGCGGCUCGGAUGAGGAUGAGGAAGAAGAUGAAGAUGAUGUACCCCUGAAGAAGCUUGUUGGCAAGAAAAGGAAACCUGCAACGAAACCCACCAAGAAGAGCAACGUGUCACGUGGCAGGAGGGCAAAAAAGAGUCAAGAACUCGUGGAUGAAAGCUCAGAUGAUGAACCUCUUAGUAACAUCAAGAAGAAGAACAGUUCUGGCAGACGAACGAAGAACAAAACGAAAGCAUCAUCUCAAAGGAGCAAGAGAACUCCAAGAAAGUCCAGAAACACCCGUGCUGCAGAAUCAUCAAACGACAGUUCAGAGAGUGAGGCUGUAAGUAAAAAAAUUCAACACCCUCAAGUGACCAAAAUCGUGCAAAUCAUACUGGAGAGAUGUGAUGCUGACGACGCCGGGCCGACGGCGAGUCCGGAGGAAACCAGGACAGAAGAGACAAAAGAGGCGGACAAACCCACAAAAGAAGACUCAGAGGAUUCGGUGGAGUCAUCAGAAGAAUAAUAACCAGCUGAUACAAAUUUCUCAGUGAAACGACCCAAAAACCACCGUUAGUAUGUUCUUACAAAGUUUGUAACAUUUUUGGUCUUAGUUUUUAGGUCUGGACCCGAAGUCUGAAAGUUCCUCAAAGCUUUUAUUCUCAAUAUUGAUGUUUACAGUUUUUAUUAAUGUUGUUGUUUUUUUUUCGUUUUUUUUCGUUUUUUUUUUUAAAGAAAACAGUUUAAAGCAUUCUGUUUCAACUUAUACAUACAGCAUAUAUUUUUGUGCUUUCGUGUUAGCUUUACACUCUGCAUGCAGCUAUGAAAGUCCUCUUUUUUGAUGUAGUUUUUAACUAUGAAAUGGAGAUUCGACGGGAACGUCGUAUGGAUUCCCAGAUGGCCCCUCAAAGGUUCUUCUCUGUCCCUGUCACUCAUUUUCAUUCCAGUAGGAUUUUAUGUCACUCAAGCUGUAUUUAUAUUCUGAGAAUCCAAAUUUGUUUCUGAAGGGCUUCUCGCUGAUUAAAAGAAAAGUGUAUUUGUUUUCAUUUUA